AUGGCGCACGAUUACCGUUCACCACUCGACAACGCGGACGAAGAGCUGGUAAAGUACAAGAACCCGUACCUCAAAGGCAUGGGAGAUCAGAGCAUAUGUACCAUCUGGCCGACCGACGCGCCGACAGACUACACAAACAGCGCGACCACUUUCCUCGAAGCCGAAUACGCAAAUCCCGAUUCGCCAAUACACCAAGACCCUCCGCUACCCAUCCCACCAGAUCCCGGCAACUCACUCAGACCCCUCAAAACCGACGAUGAUGUCUUCGACGCUGCUCGUAUAUGGCUCAAAUGUCCUCUCGAUCACGCCAUCGUGAUGAAAUAUCCUACUCAACUCGUGCAACUCAAUGGAUGGGUAGGCUCCAGUCGGGUAACACUCUAUUAUGAGAAGUUCAUGGGGACACACCAACCGAGAUUGCUCAUGACUAUCAAGUGGCUAUGUCCAAACACACUGGAUGGCAUAGCUGAAGGUGACACGAUCGAUCGGCAGUGGGUGGACGAGCCAAAGGCCUACAAAUGCUCAUACGUUGCUCUUUGCGAUUACGACAACCUCGUUCUUUUAAGGUUCGGAAACGUCUUGGGGAUUGAAGGAGUUCGGGUCACCGCCGUUCCAAGAGAUAGUAUGCGUCUGACGUUCUUGGGAUUUCUACUCGAAGCGUGCGAUGCGGUAUUGGGUGAGCCGGGUAGUGGCCUGUCUUGA